ACGUUGUAGUUGCUACGUACUGAUCGGAUGGUGUGAUGUCAAGCCACGAUAGAAGUAUGACAGAUUGUGUGGUGGUGCGGCACAGUGGACUGAAGAAACCAAAACAUUUUUAGGAAUAGCAUGUCUUUCUACAGUUUGAUCAGCAUGCACUGUCCACCUUGAGCAUAUACAACGAAUUAACAAACAGGCGACAAAGAUUAGUUUGUUUACAAAAAAGUCAUACUUUGACUUUGUCAGGUAGCGAGGGAAACGUCCCGGUGUUUUCGUGGAAUAAGGAGUUGAGGAACACAUCAUCCAUCAGCAGGCAAAAGUCGGACAGUCCAGGAUUCAACUAGCUAAGCUAAAGUUAGCUAGCUACUGUUUGGAACAGUUGUUUGCAUGCAGCAAAGCAGGGCAGUGAUGGUGGUGCCAUGACCGGGGGGCGGCUGAGGGUCCGAGGGGAAGCAACGCAGUGCCAUGGAGGGCACCAUCUUGGCGCCAGCAAGAAGCGGUGCCCCGCGUCGGGAUCGCAAGCGGCGGGUCGGGGUUCUGGUUAAGAAGGAGGGGUAUUGCCAGAACGGAACCACCUCCCCACAUGGGGAGCGGACGUCGGGCGUAGAGAGGGAACCAUCCUCGGAUGAGCUGAAACCCUCUUCCCUCUUAAAGGGUUUGGGCAAUGGGGAGACGGAUGGGGCGGGGCCAGAGCAAGUGUCACCUGUCACGGAGGACGGCCUAACCUCCUGGGACAUGGGCUCACAGGACGAGGAGGAGGUGCAGCAUCUGGAACAAGAGGAAGAGCAGCUGGAGGAGGGGAGUAGUAACAGCCGUAGCACCUGCAAUACGGACAGCCCUGCCCCAUCCAGCAGCUGCACUGAUUUGUCCCAGACGUCAUCUCCAUCCCUGUCAGACCAGCUGCUUCUGGGUCGUGUGGACGGGACCGGAGCCGCAAUCAAUGUGGAAUGUCGGAUUUGUGGAGACAAAGCCUCAGGGUUCCACUACGGAGUCCAUGCUUGUGAAGGAUGCAAGGGGUUUUUCCGGCGGACCAUACGGAUGAAGCUGGAGUACGAGCGCUGCGAGCGCAGCUGUAAGAUCCAGAAGAAGAGCAGGAACAAGUGCCAGUACUGCCGCUUCCAGAAGUGCCUGCUGCUAGGCAUGUCCCAUGACGCGAUCCGCUAUGGCCGCAUGCCCGAGGCAGAGAAGAGGAAGCUGGUGGCGGGCCUUCUGGCAGGAGAAACGGCGCCGACCACUAACCCCAAUGGCUCGGACCUCAAAUCUCUGGCGAAACGGGUCAACAACGCCUACCUGAAGAACCUCAACAUGACCAAGAAGAAGGCCCGGAGCAUUCUCACUGGGAAGACGAGCUCCAGCCCGGUAGCGUAUCCAUAUCCCUUUGUGAUCCACGACAUGGAGUCAUUGUACCAGGCUGAGAAUGGGCUGGUCUGGAACCAGAUGAUCAACGGGACGCCCCCCAACAAGGAGAUUGGGGUGCACGUUUUCUACCGCUGCCAGUGUACCACAGUGGAGACGGUCCGGGAGCUCACCGAGUUUGCCAAGAGCAUCCCCGGAUUUGUCGAUCUGUUCCUCAAUGACCAGGUGACGCUGCUGAAGUAUGGCGUGCACGAGGCCAUCUUCGCCAUGCUGCCCUCCCUCAUGAACAAGGACGGCCUGCUGGUGGCCAACGGGAAGGGCUUCGUGACCCGGGAGUUCCUGCGCAGCCUGCGGCGGCCCUUUAGCGAGAUCAUGGAGCCCAAGUUUGAGUUUGCUGUCAAGUUCAACGCCCUGGAGCUGGACGACAGUGACCUGGCUCUGUUUGUCGCCGCCAUCAUCCUCUGUGGAGACCGUCCCGGGCUGAUGAACAUCAAGCAGGUGGAGGACAUUCAGGACAGUAUCCUACAGGCCCUGGACCAGCACCUUCUGGCCAACCACACUGACUCACAGUACCUCUUCCCAAAGCUGCUCAACAAGAUGGCUGACCUGCGCCAGCUGGUCACUGAGAACGCCAUGCUGGUCCAGAAGAUCAAGAAGACUGAGUCCGAGACCUCGCUGCACCCGCUGCUGCAGGAGAUCUACAAGGACAUGUACUGACUGGGCUGAACCGGACCAGGAGCUUUCCAGGACGGGGCCGAUGCUCACUCACUCACGGUUCCUGAGAUGGGCACACGGGUGCAUGUUUUUGUUCCUAUCCAGCUUUAACACCCCUGAUUUAACCUCUCGCCCAAUCAAUCACAGCCUGGAUCAGUUGAAUCGGAAGUGUCAGCGUUUAUUCUGACGUCUCCAGGAAGACGAUUAUCGUGCAACACGAACCUGAAUUGGCCCGUGUGAAUGCCGGUUGGAGUUCUAUGAAUAUAGUGGCACCUUCUUAUUUGACUAACGAUGAAUCACCAUAGUUAGGGCAGCAAGCUGCUUUCAUCAGGGUCUCUGAAACGAACAGAAAAUGUAACUUCUGACAAGGGAGCAAGAAACUGAUGGGAGACGUACAGAGUAGCCACAUACUGAACCUGUGUGUGGUUGGGUGUCCGAGCUGAUUUGAGCUAUUUGAAGAUGUAAUAGAUGCUGUCAUGUGCGAUGUAAUAGAAGCAUAUAUAUAUAUAUAUAUUUAUAUAUAUAUAUAUAUAUUCUUUUAACUGAGUCUGGAUGGGACCGAUGAAAUCAAAGGGCUUGUAGUUCUGCUCUGAAUGUGGUGAAGGUGCAGUGUGGACGUAUUCCAGGAGAAAUGCCAAAAGCUCACCGAACGACACCACAAGAAAAAAACAAGACCCCUGGUUUUCCCCCUGUAUUUUUUCAAAGGAUAAUCAGCAGUACUAUUUGAUAUAAAUGUAUUUUAUAGUCUUGUCUGUUUUUUUACAGCGGUCAACCAAUUCUGAAUCCUGCACUGCAGAGUCAUCACCAGGCUCUGCUAUUGUUGUUUGUGUUACAAACUUUGAGAGGUCAUGAUACUGAUAUUCAGAAAAAGGCUGGUUCUGCUUGCCUGUACAAUUUUAGUGGGUCAAAGGAAACUGCCCCCCCCCCCCCCCCAUGACUAUCACCAAACCUGCCCUUAACUUCCCGAUUGACUGCCAGUCAUGGAACGGCUUGGAUGCUGAAUUAUAACUCACAGUCCCUUUGUCUGUGUUGGUGACCAACAUCUAUCGUCACACCCCCAGAGACUGCUGGGAACUUUAUGCCUUUAAAUAUUGAUCUCCAUGCUACUGAGGUCCAAUGUCGAAUCUCCGCAUCCCCAGUCCCUCUCUCUCCUGUAAGAACAGGAAGCACAUGGACAGCAGAAACAGUCAGUCUCACUUCUCAAUGGAUUCCUACAUUUAGAUUUAGAUUGUUACAACUUCCUAACCUCAAUGCCUUUUUUGAUUUUGUCUGUGUACAACUGUUGGGUCUAAAACCAUGGGAUGAUUCCGUGUUGUCGUACUGUGAAGAUAAACCUGACCACAGGGUCUGUAUAAGAUGUCUGAAUGCCUGAUUUUACUUGUAUGUUUACUCAAGAUUACUUAAUGUUUAAUUUGAAGUACAUUCAGACUGCGUGUCCUGUUGACCAUGCACAGUUCAUACACCAAACUCAAACCGUACUUUUGUCGUAUUAUUAGCUUCUGUUUCUUUCUCCCACUGUUUCGCUAAUGUCCCCGCUACACUGAAGCCAUCAGCAGUCCAGCAUUUCAAAUCAAUGAAAGCUGCUAUAUACUGCCUGUGUUGCAUCGCAUCCAACGGCAGCUACCUUGUGAAUUGAAUUGAUAUUGGUUUCUGGUGUAGCAGGUAGAAAUGUCACAUUGACACAGUGCCGAUUGCAACAAUGCAGCUAAUGUAGUGGAGCUGAAGUCUUAAGUAUGGUGCUAUGGAUUUGAUUAAACUGACUUUCUGUCACGAAGUUCAAAAUUCUGACCCAUUCACUAACACCCCCCCAUUUAUUUAGCGAAGACCUUUAGAGCUUCAACCAAGUAGAGUUGUUUGUUUUAACUAACGUGAGGAGUGAGGGAGCAUUUUAACAUUUGAAAUACGGGGCAACGGUCUAGACAUCACUGCUAGAAAAAUUUGGACUAGAUCUCUGAUGGGAUUCUAAUGCUUUUGGAAUUCUGGGAUGCAGGAGGACCAAUCUAAAUUGCCAUAAGAGGAAGUGGUUUUAUCCUCAUUCUUUUAGGUCCGUCAAUCAUGGUAACUGAUGCACUUACAUAGCAAUGAUGUCAAUUAUAUGCAAAUCAGUAUAUGUUUUUAUUUUCUAUAUUGUGACAUUAUACAAUUCUAAAAGUGUGUAUUCUAGUAAAACAAUAGGUGACAUGAUAAUAUGUGACACCUGGCCUUUACAGUAGAGGGGUCGCAAAAUUUUUCCACAGGAAUCUUUUGAGAAAGCGCUUCAUUCUAUCCGUAGUCCCAGGGAGUUGAGUCCCAGGGAGUUGAUAAAGCACAACUGACUGAUGUAAUGGUCAUCUAACGGCAGAACAAAUCUCACCAUGUAGCACUGGCAUUGUUCUGUUGCCAAUUUUCUACUACGAUGAAGUGUUGAAUGGUUCAUCCACCUGUUGGGGUUACAGUGUGCUUUAUCCACGUAGCGUCAGUGUACCCUGGAUAGUUUCUGUUGGGUUUACAGUGUGCUUUAUCCACGUAGCGUCAGUGUACCCUGGAUAGUUUCUGUUGGGGUUACAGUGUGCUUUAUCCACGUAGCGUCAGUGUACCCUGGAUAGUUUCUGUUGGGUUUACAGUGCGCUGUAUCCACGUAGCGUCAGUGUACCCUGGAUAGUUUCUGUUGGGGUUACAGUGUGCUUUAUCCACGUAGCGUCAGUGUACCCUGGAUAGUUUCUGUUGGGGUUACAGUGCGCUGUAUCCACGUAGCGUCAGUGUACCCUGGAUAGUUUCUGUUGGGGUUACAGUGCGCUUUAUCCCCGUUAGUUUCUCCCUCUGUUUUCACAUUUUCUUUCUGUUAUGUUUUCUUUCAACUGAUAUGUAUUAUUUCAUUUUUUCUAAAUGUUUUGGGUGCCCCUGGAAAUUCCCUUAAUGUGGACCACUUGUGGUUGUUAUUACACAUUUAUUGACACAUUUAAUGUGUUCACAAACUUCUAGAGAAGGAAAACGUGUUACUUUUCAGUUACUGAAUAGGUACAAUAAAAUGUCAGCAUUAAUGUUGCAUAAGAGCAAAAAUAUUAAUUAUUUUGUAAUGAAUUUAUUUACACAUACAAAUGUAUGAGCACAGCACAAGUCUGAAAUAAUCUGCCACAACAAUAUUGUGCAUUUGCCCCAUUAAACAUCUUUAUGAACACCUGGUGUUAACUGUCUGAUGGAUUUAUGCCUUAUGUGUAGAAUUCCCUGAAAUAGUGGAAUAAAAAACAUUUUGUUUCCCGGACUCCCACUAACUUGAAUACAAGUUUUCAAUGAUUGGACUAAAUCUCUAAAUGUGCAGAAUACAAUUGAGAGUUAAUUGUGUGUUUCCCACCUUAGCUGGGCCCUGUCUUCCUUCCUGGGGAUGUUUCCUGUGUUACGUGCUGUGUGAGUGUGAACUGUGUGUGAACUCAUGCUUAAGCCCAGAUACAGUGCCUUCUGAAAGUAUUCAGACCUCUUCACUUUCUCCUCAUUUUGUAGUGUUGUGGACUUAAUUUUUGCAAUCGGCCUACAGUAUACAAAAUACCCCAUAAUGAUGAAAUGAACACAGGUUUUUAG